AACAGAGCACAGAGGACGACUCAAAAACGAGUAGUUUUUCAAGGCGGAGCAGCAUAAUCAUCAUCAUCACCAUCAACACAGCCGCCACAAGGAGCGCACCAGCUGCAAUUUAAGGAUUUCCCCACUUUAUGUUUUUCGUUUCGUUUUUGUGAUGUUGUUGCUUUUACGCUACACAUUUUCUCGUUUUGUGUUCAUCUCUCUGGCUGAUGCUGUAUUUGGUCCUGCUAGUUCAGUAUUGUUCAAUCUGUGACCGCGAAAGGAUCUCCGAUUUCUCGCCGGGAGUUAACAUUCGUCAGUAUGGGCUGCUGCUCGGAUAUCAAGUUUCACGGGUACUUUAUUGGGCUGUUGGCCGGCCUGCUGGAGCUGGUUUCGCUUGGCCUGUCCGGGUACUUGGCGGUGGUUGAAGGCACUGAUGACUCGGGAAAGAAUGCGGAUUUGCCGCAGGAUUUGUUGGAUUUGGCGAGUUCUUCACCACUGGAUUACGUUGGAGAUGUCGCGAUACUGGUGUCGGUUGGAUUACUGUUUUACGGAAUUUAUAAGGAAAACCGCUACUGCCUCAUCCCGUUCACGGUUGCCAUCUGCUACGAUUGGAUUUCCUACUUGGCCUACAACAUUGACCGCUCGAUGCCUUAUCACGUGUGGCUGGUCACCACCGCUUUUUUUGUUUACAUUUUCGUCGCGAUGCUCAGCCUGUUCAUACUGUUUGGAAUAAAUGUUAAAACGACCAAAACGGAGCAAUUUGUAAAAUUCGGAAGCGAUAACCUCGUCUAGCGCAAUUGCCUUUUUUCGCGCUAUUCGGAAGCCAGUGUAAAUACCUCGUAAUAGUACCAAGUAAUUUAUUUAUUAUUCGACCUAAGGAAAUAAAGACAUA